GAUGCCUGUACAGCGAGUGGUAAGAAUUCAUUUGAUUCAUAUAAAAGGUCUACAUUGUAUUGUGAAUGAUUAACGUGUACAAAUGUACAGUACUUUUAAAAAUGAUUGCUGAGUUAUCAACCUUAAUGAACAACCUCUAAGUUGCAUGGGAUUUUCUUAAUGCGUUACUGUGAAGGAUUUUCAAUAGAUUUAAUUUAAAUUGAAAUGUUGGAUUUGGGCACGGAUUGAUGUGAUCUAAAUUUAUAUCGACCGUGUUUGAAGACCCCCAAAAUGACAAAAACUGAAUAUUACACGCCAUGUAGGGCCUACUUUCGGUUUGAUCAUGAAUUUAAUCAUAUAGACUAACGGGGCACUUGAAUUAAAAUAGAAAAAUACAGAGGAAGUAAAAUAUCACUGAUAGGGAUUCGUGUGUACAGUUGUGUAUAGAGCAUAUCGAUAUCGAGCAAAAGAUACAAACCAUACAUUGAUACAAUCUCAACUCUCGGAACUUGGGGUGUUGUCUGUAUGCCAAAGAACUGGAGGAAACUUUCAUAACUAUCGUUCUUGCAAAGAAAUCAUCCAUUAUGACGACACGCUAUUCCUCCUUAACAUACGUGUGUGUAUAGCAGGACUGAAGUAUACCGUAUAUGUAUGUCUACAACGAAAACCGAAUAAAGUCUUAACAUUUAAUUGACACAGGAUUUCAGCAGCUUAGGAAGCCUGAUGGACACAUCUAAUGAAAAAGUGAAUGAAAACUGCGAACAGAACAUAUCUAAAGAAGCCACUCAAGAAUGUAAAACUUUGCAUAAUGAACAUCCUAUUGAAAUGGUACAACACCCUAUCGAUAAAAAGUCAAACAGAAAUUUGAAACACCAAACUGCGUGUCAUGGGGACGAGGAAACCGUACCAGUUCCUGUCAAACGGUUGCAAGAAAUCAAACGAAACCUUUGUAAAGCAUUUCCAAAUUUUCAUGGAAACAGUACCAAGGUUGAAGCCAUUCAAUAUGAUAUAGCAGUGAUGUCCGAAAGAAUACAAAAUUAUGAGAAGAAACUUAAAGGUCUCGAGGAUAAGAACAGGAGGCAAGAUAUGGAGUUGGCGUCGAUGAAGGAGGAGAAUGACAAGUUAAAAGAAGAGUGUGAAAUAAUGAAGCAAGAAAUUGAUUCCAAAGACUUAGAAAUACAGGAGAUCAAGUCGGAUCAUUCCACGUACACUGGGAAGUACGGCACGUUAAGAGGGGAUGCGAAAAAGGAAGUGCAAAGGCUGAGAAAAGAAAUGGAAGAUUUGAGACAUAAACUGGGACACAUCAAUGAAGAGAAAAACUACUGGGUUAGGAGAAUAAGUGAAAUGGCUGGAAACAAAAUGACAAAAGGCAACACUCAAUUAACAGACUUAAGCGACCCCAACCGCCCAAUCAAAUUGGCUGAGAGGUUUGGGGAGCUGUAUGAUGCGUGUUGGACUAAUGUUUUUGAGGAAUUCAUGAUCCAUCACACCAAAGGCACAGAGGUGGAGGAAAAGAAAGCCACCGAUGGCUUGAAGUGUUUGUUACAGGACUGUCAGAAUGCCUGUUAUGCCGUGUCCAAUCAGAUGAUAAAAGACAUUAAAGGAGCAAUAAUGCUGCAUCAUGAGAAUAUAACUACAGCCCUGGAUCAUGAAAUCAACAGUUUGGUAAAACUGGCGUCACAGAAAAAUAUUGACAAAAUACAAGAGAAAUGCAAAGAAGAAGUCAUGAGGAAAAGUACGUCAUGUGUAAAACAGAUGACGUCAGCGAGCGUUUUUAUUGACGAAUGUAUCGAUGUGUGCUGGUUUAUGGUGAUCCAGAAUCCGCCCUUGGCGUUUUACUACCACGAUGGUGGGGAGGGACAGGAGUUCGAUAAAAAACGAUUUCAGUUUUACUCACAAUCAGGGACAAAGUUGAAAUAUGUAGUGUGGCCAGCAUUACUGCUGCAUAAAGACGGAAACCUUCUUCGUAAAGGAAUAGCUCAACCAGUCGAAGAGAAGAAGAAGAAGAAUUAAAGGACCAUUGUGGUGUUUCAUUUUAAAACUUUGAAAUUUAAACAAUUUUAAAAAAGAACUGAUAUAAAAAAAGAAUUCAAUGUAGAAAAUGAAAUAGCUAGUUACUAAAUCAUGCAUAUUUGUUAUUGCCCAAGACAUAUAUCUUAUGACAUUCAUAUAUAUAUUUAAGAUAAAGUUAUGAUAUUGUUGAAAGAUUAAUAAUGUUAAAUUGCUACGUAUUUCAAAGACAAAUUAGAAGUAUUUCCUCAAAUUACACAGCUGGUAAUUGAUUUUAAACUCUUAAUAAUUGUAUAGAUUUUAAAACAGAAGGUUUUUCUCCUAAAGAAAUUAAUGCUUGAAGAAAUCCAAUUUUUAGAAAUGAACAAUAACAAUUUUUACAUUUUAUUACAUGGGUUUCUGUUGAUUAAUACUGACUAUUAUAUGUACAUCGUGAUUUUAGUUUUCCUUUUGCACACUUUCUGUCAACUGACUGACUAAUAAACACGUAAAAAUUAAA